UACUGAUCGGACGGCCAGGAUCGAUCCCGCGGUUGUUAAAACCCUAACGCCGACCGAAGAAAAGCAAGAGUGGUUGGCCUCCACAGCCCUAUCUACUCCUACUAAUCCCCUUUCCCCUGCCCGCCGCCGCCACCGCCGCCGCCGACGUCGCCUGCCCAAGAUGAAUGUCGACAAGCUGAAGAAGAUGGCCGGUGCCGUGCGCACCGGGGGCAAGGGCAGUGUGCGCAGGAAGAAGAAGGCGGUUCACAAGACCACGACCACUGAUGACAAGAGGCUUCAGAGCACCUUGAAAAGAGUAGGAGUGAACACCAUUCCUGGUAUUGAAGAGGUCAACAUCUUCAAGGAUGAUGUAGUCAUCCAGUUUCAGAAUCCCAAAGUGCAAGCAUCCAUUGCUGCAAACACAUGGGUGGUCAGUGGAACACCACAGACGAAAAAGCUGCAAGAUCUGCUGCCAACGAUUAUCAACCAACUGGGCCCUGAUAACUUGGACAACCUGCGGAGGCUUGCUGAGCAGUUCCAGAAGCAGAUGCCUGGUGCUGAUGCUGGGGCCAGCAUUGGUGCCGCUCAGGACAACGAUGAUGAUGUUCCGGAUCUCGUCCCAGGAACGACCUUUGAAGAGGCUGCAGAGGAGAAGAAGGAACCUGAAGCGAAGAAGGAACCGGAGCCAGAGGAGAAGAAAGAAUCGUCGUAAUCUUGCUGCGUGUGGUCAUAGUCCGUUGUCGUGAAGGGUUGUUGGUCCAGUGUUGGCAUCCACUGUGCCAGAGACUGCUCUUGUGAGAACUCUGGCCUAUCUUUCAUUUCUGUGCUCUCCGGUUUUGUCUUGGCCGCGGGUUCUGUCCAAACCAACGGCAGAACUGAACUGAGUUUUACGAUAUCUAUGUUUACCAUUUGCAUGUUUUCCA